AUGAGCCGCCGGCAGCGUAUGGACCACCUCCUCCACACGGAAACGCCCAGGGGCUCUGUAGCUGAACUGCGACCUAGGUACACACGCGCGCUCGAGGAGAGGGUCGCCUUUCUCGAGACAGCCCUGAACGAAAUGGCCAGCGGCCAGCCCAUGGACGAGCCGCCGCCAGCAAAGAGGCCGGCACUGUCGGCGCAGCACAAUGCGCUCGGCGAGGUUGUCGAGCUGCUGUCCAUGGGCAACUUUGAGGCACCCGCCUACAUCGGGUCGUCCUCUGGCCUGAACCUCGCCCUGAACCUGGGCGAGAUGGUGCAGGCUACCGUAUGGAACAAGGCGCUCCCCAUUCACAAAAACAGGAGGGAGAGUACGGCCAGUGCGUCGGACAAGGCGGGAUCUCAUGCCAUAACGAUGCAAGAAUUGGUUGCCCAUAGUGCCGAACCUCCGACUGACACACUUGGCCACAAUAUUUUGACAGCCUACUUUCACCAAAUCCACCCGCGGUAUCCCUUCUUGGACCCAGAAGAGGUCUGGGCAUUGCACCGAGAUAGGAUGGUUCUGUCCUCGACGCCAGUACCGAAUCUGACCAAGGCCCAACGCUUUGGUGUCUUUAAGCUAUACAUGGUAUAUGCCAUUGGCGCCAUGUUGCUUCAGUUGACAGAAAAACACACAACGUCGCCACCAGAAAGUUAUUACAUGACCGCCUUACAACACACAUUUGCUGCAAGGGAGUCACGUACUACGCAGAAUAUCGAAGCCAUGACCCUGCUCGUCAUAUACCACCUACGCUCCCUGUCGAGUUUUGGUAUAUGGUACAUGAUAGGGCUGGCAAUGAGGACGGGCAUUGAUCUGGGCCUGCACCGCAAGCAAUCAGAGACUCACUUUGACCACGCCACGGUGCAAAUGAGGCGGCGGCUCUUCUGGAGCGUCUACUCACUCGAACGCACCAUUGCGAUAUCCAUGGGGCGACCGUUUAGCAUUCCCGACCGGGUCAUUGACGUGGAGCUGCCCGACGACGAGCCGGCAGCCAACUCUCCUGCUUCCCCGGGCGGCGCCCCGGUCAAGCAAAACUCCAUGACGUGCGCGCUGCUGCUCUUCAAGCUGCGGCGCAUCGAGUCCAGGAUCCAGCACUCCAUCUACCGAGCCGACAAGCCGCUGUCGUCGCUCACGUCCAAGAUGGACCGUUUCUACCAGGAUCUCGAGGCGUGGAAGGUGGAAUUGCUGGCGAGCCUGUCGGGGGCCGAGACAAACUAUCCGCUCUUGCACUACCACCGGGCGCUCCGCCUGCUGGUGCAGCCGUUCCUGGCGCUGCUGCCGCCGACGGACCCGUACUACACGCUGUGCAUGCGGGCGUCGGGCGACGUGUGCCAGGCGCACAAGAAGCUGCACCAGACGCUCGACUAUGGGCACUCGUUUAUCGCGGUGCAGACCGUCUUUGUAUCGGGCAUUACGCUGCUCUACGGGCUGUGGACGCAGCUGCACGCCGUGUGGUCCGUGACCUUGGCCAACGACAUCCGGGCGUGCUCGCUGGUGCUCUUCGUCAUGGGCGAGCGGGCGCCCUGGGUGCGCAAGUACCGCGACGCCUUUGAGCUCCUGGUCAAUGCCACCAUGGAGAAGCUCCAGAGCGGCGACGGGCGGCUGGCCGAGACGGCGGCGGCGCAGGUCAAUGCGGCGAGCUCAAACAAGGUGUGGACGCCGACCGACGGCGCUUCCAAGCCAUCCCCGGGCGGCGACCAGGAGGCAUGGCGUGUGGUGGCCGAGUUGGCCAACUGGAUAGAUCAGGAUGAAGGUUCGCCAGUGUGGAUGCCAGACUUUGAGACUCUGCAGAGUCUAGGGCAAUUGUAG